AAUCAGUUAAAAACAAUCUCGUUGCAUCUUUUGUUGUCUCAAUAAACUUCAUAUUUACAUAAAUUUCUAAAAGUCGACUAUUCUAAAAAAAUAUCCAAGAUGGAAUCAACAGAUGCACUUGUUGUAGACACAGUGUACAUGUUUGAAAAAGAAAAUGCAAGUCUUCAUAAUACUGAAAAUUUCGAAUUAAUACAUGCUGAUGAACCAACACCAAUAUUACGACGUGGACAAGAAUUCAGUUUAACAAUACGUUUUAACAGAGAUUACAUUGAACAACAAGAUAUUGUACGUUUAUUAUUCAACUUUGGCUCAAAUCCAAAUGUAUUUAAAGGUACACGAGGUGUUAAUACAAUAACAAAUCGUAAUAAUUAUUUAUCGGAUCUCGAAGCAUGGAGUGUUAGAAUAAUUGAUGUUAGUGGAAUUGAUUUAUCAAUUGAAGUUAGAAGUCCAAUUGAUAGUCCAGUUGGUAUUUGGCAAUUUAAUAUUGAAACAACAAUUUCUGGUAGUAAAGAACCACCAAAUAUUUAUCAAUAUGAUAAAGAUAUUUAUUUGUUAUUUAAUCCAUGGCUUAAAGAUGAUUUAGUUUAUAUGGAAGAUGAACAGCUACUUGGUGAAUAUGUACAAACAGACGUUGGUAAAAUUUGGGUUGGACCAAAUGGUAGUGCACGUGGACGUGAAUGGAUAUUUGGUCAAUUUGAUGCAAGUGUCCUUCCAGCAUGUAUGCUGAUGUUCGAUAAAUCUGAUAUCAAGGCUACAUCACGAGGUGAUCCGGUCAUGGUCGCUCGAACAAUAUCAAAAAUGGUAAAUGCAUACAAUGCAAAUGGCUAUAAAGAAGAAUUAAAUGGUAUAUUAUUUGGUCGUUGGGAUGGUGAUUAUAUUGAUGGUGUUGCACCAUCAGCUUGGACUGGAAGUGUACCAAUACUUGAACAAUAUCUUGAUACAAAUGGUGAAUGUGUUAAAUAUGGACAAUGUUGGGUAUUUGCUGGUGUUGUUGGUACAAUAUGUCGUGCACUUGGUUUACCAACACGUGUUGUUACAAAUAUUGUAUCAGCACAUGAUACAAAUGUAUCAUUAUCAAUUGAUCAUUAUUAUGAUGAAAAUAUGCAAGAAUUACCUGGUGAAAGUUAUGAUUCAGUAUGGAAUUAUCAUGUGUGGAAUGAUGUAUGGAUGGCAAGACCAGAUUUACCAAAAGGAUAUGGUGGAUGGCAGGCUGUUGAUGGUACACCACAAGAAGAAUCAAAUGGUGUUUACCGUUGUGGUCCAGCAUCUGUUGAAGCUAUUAAACAAGGUGCUGUUGGUUUUAAUUAUGAUGUUACAUUUUUAGUAUCAACUGUUAAUGCUGAUGUCAUUAAUUGGAAAGCUGAUCCAACAAAUGACCUUGGUUAUACACGAAUAAAUGGUGAUACAAAACAUAUUGGAAGAAUGCUAUUAACAAAAGCACCAUGGAUUUUUGAUCCAAAUGGUGAUAAAGACAAAGAAGAUAUAACUUAUGAAUAUAAAUCACCAGAAGGUACUGAUGCUGAACGUUUGACCUUGUAUAGAGCAGUACGUAAUACGCCCACUGCUAAAAGAUAUUACGCUGUACCAGCACCAGAAAAUGAAGAUUUAAUAUUUAAAUUAGAAGACCUUGAACGUGUUAAUAUUGGUGAACCAUUUAAUGUUACAGUUAAUAUUACAAAUAAAUCAUCAGAAUUAAGAACAGUUAGAGCAAUAUUAUGGGCUGGUAGUGUUUAUUAUAAUGGUGUUAAAGCAAAUCUUGUUAAAAGAGCUGAAGGUACAUUUGUCAUGGAACCAAAUGUAACUGAACAAUUAAAACUUCAUAUAAAUGUUGAUGAUUAUUUAGAUGAACUUGUUGAAUAUUCAAUUAUGAAAAUAAAUGCAAUUGCAACUGUACAAGAAACAAAUCAAACAUGGGCUGAUGAAGAUGAUUUUCAAGUUAUUAAACCAAAAAUUAAAAUUGAGAUUGACAAUGAGCCUAUUGUUGGUAGACCAUCUGCAGUUACUUUGAGCUUUAAUAAUCCAUUAAAAAAAAUGUUACAUGAUUGUGUAUUUAAUUAUGCUGGACCUGGUGUAUCAAAAAAUAAAACGAUUCAUUUUCGUGAUGUUGAACCACUUGAAGAAGUCAGAAUACAACAUCAAUUUAUACCACAAAAAGAAGGAAAACAAAAAAUUAUUGCUACAUUUACAUCAAAAGAACUUGAUGAUGUUACUGGCUCAGUUGAAGUUGAAGUUCUAAAAGAAGAUGAAGACGAAGAAUAAUAAUAGUUAAAAAUUAAAAUAAAAAACAAUAUAACAAUCUAAUAAAUAUAAAUAAAUAAAUAAUUUACAAUAAGAUAAAAUAACAUUAAAAGUAUUAAAAAAUUAACUUUUUAUAUAGAAAUAAAUUUACCUUUGAUAAAAUAAAAAUUUAUUAUUCACAAAUUAUCGAAAAUUGAAGAGACCAAAAUACAAAUAUACAAAUAGCACCAUAAAUAAUUGGAAGAAUAAUUUUUCUUAUUAAUGAAAAUUCAUCAGAUUCAUAUUUAAUAAUAAAUUUUUUUUUAAUUUUAUUAUUAUUUUUUGUAGAAUUUAUUGAUUCAUCAACUUGAUUUAAAAUAUCAUGAAUAAUAAUUUGAACGUCUUGUUGAAUUAAAAUAUUAUAAAAAUUAUUUUUAAUAAUUUUAUUAUUAGCAAAUGAAUCAGAUGAUUCUUCAAAUGUCCAAUGAUCAUUAUUUCUUUUGAAAAUAAAAUUAUCACUAUUUAAUUUAUCAA